UGGACCCUGGAGCACGAGCCCACCCAUGGAUGACAACCUUCUCUUUGAGUGUAAGGCCCCUGACUUCUCCCUGCUGGAACUGUUGUCCCCACCGUGUCUCGACCCCCCAGACCCUGAGGUGGACCAGCUACCUCUGGGUGGUUCGGCAGAGUCUGCAGUCAACUUGUGCCUCCAUUCAUCUCGGCUGAGGAUGGGAGUUCGGGGCUCCCCACCGCUGGAGGUGUCUGCUCUGGGAGGGGCUGCAGGAGUGAUUGACAGAUUUCCCUCUGAUGCGUCCCCCUUGUCCCUUGCCCCCGAUAGGAUCCACCUCCGUGACUGCUAUGAGGUGCCUGAAUCCACCAUCCUCUCCCUCAUGCAGGAAGCGGCCAAACUAGAGCCACCGUUCACAAGCCAUGACACCUGCUCGAUGAACAACAAUCCCAACCCUCAGGAGGAGUGUCACACCCUCGGGAGUACUAGCUUUCUCCCUGCCCCGGACCCACAGGAGGAGGAUAACCCUCCCAGGAUGGUGACCUUUCCCCCUGUCAGUUCCCCUGGGCUCUGGGCAGAGGAGUGUCGGGGUGGUACUGGAGAGGUUGGGAAUGGGUAUGUCCUAGGAUCAUGUCAAGCUUCAGAUGUGCAGAGCUCGAGAGCGGACAGGGUGGGGGGAAAAGGUCAGGAAGGGGAUGGCCACUGGCCCAUGUCAUCUACAGACUCCCACACCCAUCCCUCAGCACCUGUCCGCACAAGGACACCCCGCAAACAGCCCCACCCCCAACGCAGCGCCCAGAGUGGGGACCCCACCUUCCAGGGUGUCACCGUCUGCAUGGAGAGAGAGCUGGUGGGUCAUCUAGACUGCCGUCUGCACAUCACUGCCCACUACAGCCCAGGGCUGCAGCAGAAGUUGACCCGGUUCCGAUCCCACUCUCUGGGUCAUCGGGAGACCCCAUCAACACCCCGGCUCAGCAGCUCGGAGGAGGACCCAUAUCCUGGCCACCAGAGAAUGAGGAGAUGUGCCUCCUGUGGAACCCAGAAAACACCGCUGUGGAGAGACGCUGAGGACGGGACUCCACUGUGUAAUGCCUGUGGGAUCAGGUACAAGAAGUAUCGGAUUCGGUGCCCAAAGUGCUGGCACAUUCCCAAGAAAGAGGGCAAAUAUUUUGUCCGUUGCCUACGGUGUGGGGACCCCCUUCGACUGCUCCUGAAUGCAAGAAAGGGGACGAACUGCUGAUGGCCAAGGAUGCAGAUGGGAGAAGAGAUGUGUCUGGAAGCGAACUCCUUGUCACCCCUCCCCCCCCCGCCAGAGUUGGUGUGAAAAUGGAUUGCAACAAUACUGUUUCUAUUUAAUGUUGGGAGCAGGUGGUGUGUCUGUCAUGGGGGAGGAGAGACUUCAUCACUGCUGUAAUGGUGGGAUUCUAUUCCCUGUUGUAGAGUGCUCUCCAUGCAUUUGCACGGUGACCCCGUACAUCGUGACUUCCCGUAGUGGGCUCUGUCGAUAGUGUUUUGGUGGGGCAUUUGAUGGAUGUCACAGGGCUUGCCUGUUUCUGUAAUAUUGGAUUUGCUUGUGGUUCACUAUGUCUCAAUAAAAUACCUCCCGACUUGGGCUGAA